ACUCAGUCAUAUAGGCACAAAGUGAAGGACAAAACGACAGAAAGGAAAACAUGUCUGGACCUCCUCCACCACCCCCUCCCGGCCCUCCUCCAACCUUCGCUUUGAUGAUUGCUACAUGCUCCAAAAAAGUUGGGACUGUCGGGUGUUUAUAACUGUGAAACAUCACCAUUUCUUCUAAUAACACUUAUUAAGCAUUUGGGCACUGAAGACACAAGUUUGUUAAGUUUAGAAAGUGGAAUUUUCCCCCAUUCAUCCAUUAUGUAGGUCUUUAGCUGCACGAUUGUACGGGGUCUUCGUUGCCAUCUAAUGUACAUAAUGCACCACACAUUCUCAAUUGGAGACAGGCCAGGACUGCAGGCAGGCCAAUCUAGCACCCACACUCUCUGCUUACGCAGCCAUGCACUUGUAAUCCAGGCAGUAUGUGGUUUGACGUUUUCCUGCUGGAAAAUACAGGGACGUCCCUUGAAAAGACGGUGCUGGAUGUCAGUAUAUGUUGCUCCAAAAUUUGUACAUAUCUUUCUGCAUUAAUGGUGCCCUCACUGAUGUGCCAUGGGCACUGACACACCCCCAUACCAUGACAGUCACUGGCUUUUGGACCUGACCCUGAUAACAGCUUGGAUGGUCCUUUUCCUCUUUGGUUAGGAGAACAUGAAGGAUUUUUUUUCCAAAAACUAUUUGAAAUGUGGACUCAUCAGAGCACAAAACACGAUUUCAUUGUUCUACUUUUCAUCUCAGAUGAGACCAAGCCCAGAGAAGUCGGCAGCGCUUCUAGACAGUGUUGAUGUAUGGCUUCUGCUUUCCAUAGUAAAGUCUUAACUUGCAUCUGUGGAUGCAUUGAAUGGUGUUGACCGACAAAGGUUUACAGAAGGAUUCCUGAGCCCAUGUCAUGAUAUUUAUUACAGAUGAAUGACAGAUUAUAAAACAGUGACAUCUGAGGACUCGGAGAUCAUGCACAUUCAGAAGUGCCCUUUGCAAACCGAGAUUUGACCGGAUUCCUUGAAUCUAUGAACUAUAUUGUGCACCGCAGAGGGUGAAAUGCCACAAAUCCUUCCAGUUUGUCUUUGGGGAACAUUGUUUUCAAAGCGCUGGAUUAUUUGCUUUCACAUCUGUUGGCAAAUUGGCGAGACUGGACAAGUCUUCAAGCCUUGUUCUUGAAGGACUGGGAUUUUUUGGAGGCUCCUUAUAUAUUAUAACUGAUUUCCUUACCUGUUUAACAUAAACUUGUUAUUUUGCUAUUAGUGCUAUUGUUAUUAGUCCUAAAUUGCCCCCGUUUCAACUUUACUGCAAUGUGUUGCAUGCAUCAAUUUCAGAAAAAAACAAAAACAUAUAUCUCCAAAAAGUAAUGCUGCUGAUGAGGUAAAACUUGAAGUACCUUGUCUUUGUACUGUUUUUGCUUGAAUACAAGUCAAAGUACAUAUACAAAUCACUCCUUUUAUUAAUUAAUUUAUUUAUUGGUUUAUAUUGUUUUUAUUAAUGUUAUAUUAUAUUGUGCCAAGGAUUUUUUUUUUGUUUUUGUUUUUUGAAAAAAUAAAAUAAAAUACAUUCAUCACUGUACUUUUUCUCAUAAUAAAUGUAGUUAUAAUGAAAUAAUCAAACUUACCUUUGUUAUUUCAAUAAAAGCAAGAUUUUGGUAGAAUUUGUUGUUUUUAUUCUACAUAACCCAUUAAAAUGUUAUUAUGAUCAAUGGGGACAUGCAAAUUGGCUGAUGUUCCAUUGAAAAACAACCACUUAAAAAUAAAAUUACUAUUUUAUGUUAAAAAAAAUUCACACUAAACAAUGUUUAAUCUAUCCAGUAAUGUCACUGAGUUCAGUAUAAUAUCAGUAUAAUGAACUUAUAUAGUGUACAUCAAAAUUUGAAGUUCUUGUCAUUCAGGUUCAGAUACUGAUUUCCUUUACAUAGUUGUUUUGGGUUGACAGCAAUGUGUGUUGUUGACAGAGCCUCUUAAAUUUACAUGUAUUUCCACCAGGCAAACACAGAGAAACCGAAUCUGAACAGAUCUGACCAGCAGGGGAGAAACGCUUUACUAUCAGAUAUCAGCAAAGGCACUCGACUGAAGAAAGCAGUCACCAUUGAUCGAAGUGCCCCAGUGCUGGAAAAGCCCAAAGGAAGUGGUGGAGGAGGAGGAGGUGUAGGAGGGGGCGGAGCUCCAGGUGGAUUGGGUGGGCUUUUUCAGGGUGGAAUGCCAAGGCUAAGAUCACCAGGAAGUAAAGACAGCAAUGUAAGAGCACCGAUGCCACCCACAGGCAGGCGAUUCCCAGCACCCAGUAACUCGGCGGGAAGCAGACCUCCAGUUAUACCACCUGGACGACCUUCACCUGUCAGGGCUGGACCCCCACCCGUACCCCUCUCAAAGCACAGCUCUCCUAGUGGCCCACCACCUCUUCCUGGAGGAGGUCGCCCACCAAGUUCCUCAUUUGCUGUACAACCCCCUACCCAGCCAGGCAGACGUCCAAGCCUUCCUCCCACUCCGAGGGACUUUCAGUCUUCCUUGCCUCCACCCCCAAUGCCUGCCAGUGCCCUGCCACCAUUACCAACAAUCCCCAACAGGUCAUCGGAUGACUUCCCUCCCCCUCCACCACCCACAGGAGGACAGAGAAUGUCAUUUUAUCGAGAUGGACCUCAACCGCCACCACCACCAUCAACAGAGAGUAAACCAUUCACAUCCUUGACGCAGAGGCCUAUGGGUAAUCCACCUCCAUCCUUACCUCCAGGACGAGGGGGGCUACCACCGAUUCCCCCACCCACACGAGAGGAGCCAAACGCUAGAGCCUCACCAAGAAACAGCCUUCCUCCACCACCACCACCUGGACGCUCCAGCCCAUUGCCUCCACCACCCAAUGAGAGGCAACCACCAUCAGGAAGGAGUCCAUCCAUACGGUCAGGUCCUCUUCCACCCCCACCCAUUGGAGGAGGAAACAGAGCUGGAGUGUCACCCCCUGUACCUCCUCCUAAUCGGCCAGUUGGAUCAGGCAGAGCCCCUCCACCUCCCCCUGACAUGAUCAAUGGCUUCCCGUGCCCUCCUCCACCUGCCACAGAUGAAUGGGGGAUGAGAUUUUCAUUCCAUCCUCAGUCUGAAUUACCUCCACCAGAGCCAUACAUCCCCUUUCCAAAGACUUACCCGAGUAAGUCAGGGGGAAAAGGGAUGAGAGACAGAGGAGCGCCACCUUUGCCCCCCAUUUCCAGAUGAAAAGUGUUUGGACGUGCAAUAGUUAUGUUAGUUCACAUCUAGAUCUAAAUGAGCUAGAUUUCCCUACACUGAGAAGGUUUUAUUUUAUAAAGAUUUGACAUUUUGAGUUGUUGUCUUUGAAUUGAUUAAACUAUAGUGUUUCAUACAAAGUAAUUCUGAGCCAAAUCCUCAUAGUAAAAAUGUACUGUAUAUCCAUAUACUGUAUAGCUAAUAAAGUCCAUCCUGUCAUCAUGCUGUAUAUGAGAAAGUUUGACAAACAACAAAUUAACAAUCACCAAAUUUGACUGAUUUUCUUCUAUAAAAAAAUACCAUCUGCUAUUUACAGUUAAUUCAGUUACAUACUUGACAGCUGGAACGUAACUGUGAUAUUUUGGAAGAUGGUCAUCCAAUCUUGAUUUAACCUGAACACAUGACACAGAAUAAAUAAUUUGUCAAUGUUCAAUAUAGGGAAUGGAACAUAGUUUAGCAAAUUCACCAAUGAAUGAGAAUCGUAAAAGCAUACCAGGCUACAAACACACAAACUGUAGCAGACUCACAACAACACCAGUGUCAUCAGCACCUGCUUGUUUUUACAGCAUUUAUUAAUCUUAGUUAAUGUUAAUUAAAACAUAUACUAAUAUAUUAAUAAAAAAUCAAAAGUUGUGUUUGUUAACAUUAGUUGAUGCAUUAUGAACUAGCAUGAACUAACAUUGAACAAUUGUAUUUUUAUUAACUAACAUUAAUAAAUGCUGUAAAAAAUAUAUUGUUAAUUGUUCAUUCAUCAAAAUCAAAAUCAUUCAUGAUACUUAAUGCAUUAACUAAUGUUAAUGAAUGAAACCUUACUGUAAAGUGUUACCAAUCUUUUGAACCCUUAUGUUGUGUUCUGGUCAUUUUGAAUAAAAAACAAAAAUUCUUA